AGCGGGGAGCGCGUCCCGUCCGGUCCGGUCCCGUCUCGGAGCUGAGCCUCGAGCAGCUCGCCGCGAUGUCCGUCAGCAGCCACGAGAACCGGAAAUCCCGCUCGAGUUCGGGCUCCAUGAACAUCCACCUCUUCCACAAGCCGGGCCACGCCGACAGCCUCCUCACCCACCUGAACCUGCUCCGCAAGAGGCACCUCUUCACCGACGUGGUGCUGCGGGCGGGGAACCGCACCUUCCACUGCCACCGUGCCGUGCUGGCCGCCUGCAGCCGCUACUUCGACGCCAUGUUCAGCGGCGGCCUGAAGGAGAGCAGGGACGCAGAAGUCAACUUCCACGAUUCCCUGCAUCCCGAGGUGCUGGAGCUGCUGCUGGACUACGCCUACUCGGCCCGGGUGCUGAUCAACGAGGAGAACGCUGAGUCCCUGCUGGAGGCUGGGGACAUGCUGCAGUUCCAGGAUAUUCGGGACGCUUCGGCCGACUUCCUGGAGAAGAACCUCUACCCUGGGAACUGCCUGAACAUGCUGCUGCUGUCCGAUGCGCACUGCUGUGAGCGGCUGCUGGAGCUGUCCUGGAGGAUGGCGUUGGCCAACUUCACCUCCCUCUGCAAGACCGAAGACUUCCUCCGGCUGCCCAAAGAGAAACUGCUGGAGCUGGUGGAGAGCGAAGAGCUGGAGGUGGAGGACGAGACCCUGGUGUACGAAGCUGUUAUGGGCUGGAUCCGGUACGAUCUGCCCCGGCGGCACGAGGUUCUGCCCGAGCUGCUGCGCUCCGUGCGCCUGGCCCUUCUGCCCGAGUCCUACCUGCGCAAACAGGUGGCCUGCGAGAAGCUGGUGAUCAGCCACAAGCUGGGGGAGGAGAUCGUGGCCGACGCCGUGCGGUGCAAAAUGAAGAUCCUGCAGAACGAUGGCGUGGUGACGGGGUGCUGCGCCCGGCCCCGCAAGGUCAGCCAGGCCCUGCUGCUGCUCGGCGGCCAGACCUUCGUGUGUGAUAAGAUCUACGUGCUGGACCACAAAACCCGUGAGAUCAUUCCCCGCGCCGACAUCCCGAGCCCUCGCAAGGAGUGCAGCGCCUGCGCCAUCGGCUGCAAAGUGUACAUCACGGGUGGGAAGGGCUCCGAGCACGGCGCUUCCAGGGACGUCUGGGUGUACGACACGCUGCACGACGAGUGGGCCAAGGCUGCUCCCAUGCUGGUGGCGCGGUUCGGCCACGGCUCCGCGGAACUGGACCACUGCCUGUACGUGGUGGGAGGGCACACAGCAGUGAGCGGGGCCUUCCCGGCCUCUCCCUCCGUGUCUCUCAAGCAAGUGGAGCAUUACGACCCCCAGUUGGACAAGUGGUCCUUGGUGGCCCCUCUCCGGGAAGGCGUCAGCAACGCUGCCGUGGUGGGGGCCAAGAAGAAGCUGUUUGUUUUCGGCGGCACCAGCACCAACCAGGAGAAGCUGCCCAAGGUGCAGUGCUUCGAUCCCUGCCAGAACCGCUGGACGGUGCCCUGCAGCUGCCCGCAGCCCUGGCGAUACACGGCGGCGGCGGUGGUGGGCAGCCAUGUCAUCGUCAUCGGGGGGGACACGGAGUUCUCUGCCAGCUCCGCUUACCGCUUCCACAGCGACACCUUCCAGUGGUCCAAGUUUGGGGACGUGACGGCGAAGCGCAUCAGCUGCCGCGCCGUCACGUCGGGCAACAGGCUGUACGUGGUGGGGGGGUACUGCGGGGCGCAGCGCUGCAAAACCUUGGACUGCUACGAUCCCUCAUCCGACACCUGGAGCAGCGUCACCACGGUGCCUUACUCCCUCAUCCCCACCGCCUUCGUCAGCACCUGGAAGUACCUGUCUGCCUGAAGAAUGGCUUGUGUCGGCCCGGAGCUGCUCUGGAGCUGUGCUGUGUGAGGCUGAGCCCCGAAGGGCUGCGCUGCGCUCCUGCGGCUCUCCCAGAAGCAUCGGCUCUGGCCACGAGCUUCGAGGCUGGAGCUCAAAUGCUGCGGGAAGGCGAGUAUAAAUAACGCGACGCUGAACCUGGCAUCCUCGUCCUUCCACUGAGUCUCGGCCUAUGCAAAGAUUUUGGGGAAUGCUCGCUGUGGACAGGAUUGGGUGUCCUGGUGCAGAAAGCUGUCUGAGCCCAGUGCUGGGGGAACCCACAGGGAGACGGCGGCUGCUUUUAGCACUGCUUCCUCGUCCUGGUGCCACAGUUAAUCUGCUGGUGGCACCCAAAUGUCCUGUGGGACGUGAGGGCUGAGGGCCGGUGCCAGAAUAAGAUUAUAGCUGGGGUUUCAGUCCCAGAACGGUCGGUAAUUGCCUUUGUAAGACAAGCCCUGUCUACAUAUAAACACAGGGUUUAUCCACUUCUAAUUAUUCUCUGGCGUCCCCUCUGUGCCAUUUCUUUCCUGCUACGCAGCAAUUAACUUCUUAAAAACUUGUGACCAGAAUUAAACUCU